GUAUGCUGGAGAACAAAAGAAUAUGGAACACAAGGAUACGUUACGGUUAACGAUACUAUGGAAUACAGUUAUGGAAGCAGAAGAUAUAUUAGACAAACAUGUAAAACAAGUAAAGCCAUAUAUGAACAAACUAAUGUUCGAUGCAACCAGAGAAAGGCGUGUCGCAUUUAUUGAAUUAUUCACUAAUUAUGGCAUUGACUUUGACAAGUGCAUCACGGUUGGGAAACUGAAAAAGUUGUAUCACCAAGAAACAUCGGCGAUGAAAAUAUUGGAGAAUAAGAAAUUUGUCAGGAAACUGCGUAAGCUUGGGUAUACUCUUCCUGACAUUAUUGAGGAGAAGAAGAGUAAGGAAAACUGUAGAUGUAUAGAUUUGUUUGUAUGGAGUCUCGUCAUAAGAAAUAAAGACUUGGCUAAAUUAUUUUGGUUAGAAUUAGAGGAACCAUUAGCAGCUGCCAUUUUCGUGAAUGGGUUUUGUGAGUUAGUGACUGAUGUUUUGGGUGACAAUGAAAAGGAAAACUUAGCAGAGUUCAACAAGAUUAAUGACGAAUUUACAGGUUUGGCAGUAUACGUCAUUAAUUCAUUUUACGAGGAUAAGAAGUCUUAUCACAUCCUAACACGUCAGUUACCUAAUUGGGAAAAGAAAACUUGUUUGCACCUUUCCGCAAAGGUUAGAAAUAAAAGGUUCAUAUCCCAAACACCGUGCCAGGACAUACUUGAUACAAGAUGGGGGAAUGACGUAUCUGUAAUAACGUGUUUAAUAACGACUUUGCUACUAAUUAUCGUCAUGCCGAUUACAUUGCUAUGCCUUAUAUGUAUUGAGGACCUACGAGAAGAAAUGCUAUGUUAUUUUUCCAAACCUAAAGUAAAGUAUAUCUUAAAUGCAGGAUCCUACUUUGUGUUUUUGGGCGUGUUUAGUUAUUACAUGUUGGUUUCGUUUAAGCCGUCUUUCUCGAGUAAUGAAGGUGUGCUCUGUUUCUGGGUGUUCACUUUCCUCUGCGAAGAGAUUCGACAGUUUUCAGAGCGCCGUAACGACGACAGUAUUACAAAUAUAGGUUUCUGGAAUGUAUUAGAUUUUAUAGCAAUAAUCGCUUUUACUAUCGGGAUGAUUCUUCGUGCAAAUGAGGACAGUUUUGAGUUGUCCAGGGUUGUAAUGUGUUUCGUCCUGCUUGUUUAUUUUAUCCGUGUGCUGUAUAUAUUCCUGGGAUCUGUACAAUUAGGACCACAGUUGGUAAUGAUUGGCCGAAUGGUAACCCAGGACUUACUUCCCUUUGUGUUAAUAAUACUGAUAUUUGUUGUUGCAUAUGCCAUUUCAUCCGAGGCUCUUUUAUAUCCAAACUCUAAAUUAUCGUGGAAGCUACUUUACCACCUACUAAGGAAGGCCUACUGGCAAAUCUAUGGGGAAUUAUUUUUGGAGGAUAUUGAAGGAGAGAGUCAGUGUACCAAUGAUCCUAACCUGUAUGAUGACUACGACCAAUUAAGAUGUCCAACUGAAGUGGGGAAGUAUAUAGCACCAGUGUUACUCGCAAUUUACAUCUUCCUGAUCAAUGUUUUGCUGCUGAAUCUCCUCAUAGCCAUGUUCAGCUCAACCAUAACAGCCAUCAAGGACGAUUCAUAUCCACACUGGGGUUAUCAACGUUACGAACGUGUCACGGAAUACGAAACAAGACCAAUUCUUCCACCUCCUUUUAUAUUCUUCGAGCAUCUGUAUAGACUAAUUGUCUGCAUACAUCCAGUUGACUGUAAGAAUAAAGUAGACCAAGAACCAAAAAAGGACAAGCAUGGUGAAGCACUCACCGAUGAAGUAAACCAGUCGUACUCUCGUGCUGAAAAGAGCAAGGCUAAAAAGUGUGUAGAUCUACUGAAAAGAAAUCCACAUCUUGCUCAAAAUAAUUAUAAUCAUCUUCCAAAUACAAACAGUCACCAACCUACCAAAUGGUCAUCAACAACUAAUAAAGAAGAUAAAGGCACGACAAUGUCAAGUAAGAUGGCUGAAAAAAGUGAUGUUUAUUAUGCUGAGGAUGAUAAAGUCGAUGACGUGGACCACAGUGUAAAUUAUGAGGCUACAAAUGAUAUUAACGAAACUCGUAGAUCACCCAUUACUGUUAAUACGUAUCAGUCUAGAGCGACGUCGGGAAGAGUUGAUAUACAUCAACCCUUAUCCGAGAUUGUAAAAAGUAUUCAGCGCCUGGAACUAAAGAUUGAUUCUAAGUACACAUUGAACCGAAGGGACGAACUUAAACAGAUUUUAGACGAGAUUAAAAAGAUAGAUGCUGGACAGAAAAUGUCAGACAGACAACCGAAAAUAGUUAAACAAGAAACACAAGAGCAGGGUGAUGAUUAUGAUGAGGACUACCAAAAUGAUGAUAUCCCAACCCAUCCUCCAUACAGGGGACAAGCCAAGAAUAAACUUUUACACAGUUAUCUGUGUUUUUCAAAUUUGGUCGAAGCUCAGCGUUUACGACGUUUAGAAGUUCACAGAAAAUUGAGAGACCAGCCUAAAUCGAAAAAGAAAAAGACCAAGGAAAUACAAACAGAUGCCGAAUAUCAGCGAUUACGACGUCUAGACGUUUUUAGGAAAUUGAGAGAUCAUCCUAAAUCGAAAAAGAAAAACAAAACAAAAACAGAUGCCGAGGAUGUCGCAACCACAUUGUAAGCCUUUAACCCCAUUUUCUAGACCGGAAAACAUUAGUUUGUUUAUCGAGUAGGAUAGACUUAACAUUACAAAUAGUGGUCGAUGAAGGUUAGGGCCAACGUCAUCUUGGGGAAUAUGGGUCAAUAGGAGAUUACAUCAUUUAUCAGCACAUUGCAAAGUCUAAAUUAUCAGAUGUCGAAUUUCUUAUGAAGAAUCUUUCCCGUCUGUAAGUCUGUAAAUUGAAUUCUGUACUUGUAUUAAUUGUGCAAAGCAGUGGUUCUCAACCUUUUUUUGCCAACGGCACACCUUGGAACACAUGACAAAAUAGCGGCACACCUGGCUAAAUAUAUAUGAAAAAUAUAUGAAUUUUUCAAAAUAAAAACAUGGCAAGUCAUAGACGGCAUACAACCAUGACACAGACUACAAGCUAUUGAUUUUACGUCUGCUUUAGUUCAUUCAACGUGGUUGUUAAAGCUGAACUACAAAAAUAAUUAAAUUAAAAAAGGGUAACGCCCUAAACGACCGCCAUACUUGUUUUCAAUUUAUAGCAGAAACAUGGCGAUCGCU